UUCAUCGCGGAUUUUAUUUUGAAAUCCGAAGUGGAACACCUGUGCGUUUCACGGAGCAGGCUGCGUGCUUGUACCGGAUGCUGUAGCGACCCGUGUCGCUGCAGUGUUGCGCUUUCCUGUUUACGGGCGGGAAGAGCGAACACAGCAGACAGUGUGUGGGGGAGCUGCUGGGUUUAAAAUCGGCUGGACAUUUGUUUUUAAUUCUGUUUUCGUGGUGUAUGGUUUACACGUUUUAAUGAUACGCGGGGCUCUGCGAGUUCUUGUGGAUACGUUUUGAGUGGGAACUAAAGGGAUUUAUUUUUUGAGAGAGAGAGAGAGAGUGCAGGGUUGAUAGAUGGAGGAUCCUCCUGCAGAUUCUGGUGGUGGUGCUGGUGGUGCAGCAGCAGCAGCAGCAGCAGCAGCAGCAGCGGAGGGCCCCACGGUGCAGGUGGCAGAUAUAUGCUGGCCGACCGGAGCUCUGCCUCUGCGGCUCCUGGAGUGGAAAGUCAAACCCGGCUCUCUGGUUAACGUGGACUCCGUGCUGGCACUGUGCGCUCCCAUACCUCAGGAGAAGGGGACAGAGGCAGCCAGGCUGCCGGAGAAGAAGGUGAAAUCGGACCGAGCUGGUGUAGUCAAGGAGCUAUGCUUUCAACUCGGACAGGUCAUACCUCCCGGAGGUGUCAUCAUCAGGAUAGAAGAAUGCAGCCAUCCAAUAGUAAUGAAGGGUUUAUGCGCUGAAUGCGGCCAGGACUUGACGCAGCUGCAGAGCACAAAUGGGAACCAGCAAACUCCCAUCUCCACAGCAACAGUCUCCAUGGUGCACAGUGUCCCCGAGCUGAUGGUCAGCUCUGAGCAAGCAGAGCAGCUGGGCAGAGAAGACCAGCAGAGGCUCCACCGAAACAAAAAAUUGGUCCUGAUGGUGGAUCUGGACCAGACACUGAUCCACACCACUGAACAGCACUGCCAGCGUAUGUCCAAUAAGGGGAUUUUCCACUUCCAGCUCGGCCGAGGAGAGCCUAUGCUGCACACACGACUACGCCCACACUGCAAGGAAUUCCUGGAAAAAAUUGCCAAACUCUACGAGUUACAUGUCUUCACAUUCGGAAGCCGCCUUUACGCCCACACUAUUGCCGGCUUUCUUGAUCCUGAAAAGAAGCUUUUCUCUCAUCGGAUCCUUUCUCGAGAUGAGUGCAUUGAUCCCUUCUCCAAGACAGGGAAUCUUAGGAAUCUUUUCCCCUGUGGUGACUCGAUGGUCUGCAUAAUCGAUGACCGAGAGGAUGUGUGGAAGUUUGCACCCAACCUCAUCACUGUGAAGAAAUACAUCUACUUCCAGGGCACAGGAGACAUCAAUGCCCCACCUGGAUCAAGAGAAGCUCAGAUGGCAAGAAAAGCAGGAAGUCGAUCAGCUGAGAGCACAGAAACAGCUGGGACACUUGGUGCCGAUGAGCAAAAUAAUGGCCCCAGAAAAAGGGCGAAAGACCUCAACGUUUCUGGAAAGGAAGAGUCCACAACAUCUCAGUCAUCUCAGGGAGUACCAACAAACGAACGGACACAUCCCACAGAGGUUGUGGAGGAUGAAUCAGGACGAGGUAAAGGGUCCGGGACGGAGGCAGAGUCUGGGGCGGGUUUGAAGGAAACUCAGGUGGGUGACCGAACAAAUGUCAAGGAAGAUGAUAGCAACAGGACACUGUUGACACGAGAGUCACAGGAAAGUGCAAACUCAUCGGCACCGAGUCAUGAGUCCAAUAAUUUGGACUUUGACCUUUCCAGUGACAGUGACAAUGAUUCCAUUACAGAAAAGCCUCCCUCAUCAGAGAGCGAUAGUGAAGGCAAGUCUAGCCAGGUAAAGAAAUCUGGGCAGGAAGGAGCCACGCAAGAGCUUGGUGAUGGCGAUGCAGCAAGAGAAGAGGACAGUAAAGGUCGGACUGACGGAGAAACCAGCUCUGAUGCAACAGAACCUUCAGGGGUUCUUCUCCCAGACCCUGAGCUGGGUAACGGCUGCUCAGACAGGAGAGAGCCAGAAACAGAGUCCCAGAACAGUGAACAAUCUGGGGUCACCAUGGGGGAGGAGCUGCUGGACCAGAGUAUGGAGGACGAGGAGGAGGAAGAAGAAGCUGAUAACGACCAGGACGAUCACCUGAUCUACCUGGAGGAAGUACUGGAAAGAAUCCAUGCAGAGUACUACGCACGUUAUGAGGCCUACCUGAGGAAGGAGGUCCCCGAAACGCCGGACAUCCGCAAGAUUGUCCCAGAGCUGAAAAGCAAGACACUGGAGGGCACAACGAUAGUGUUCAGUGGCCUGUACCCGACCAACUACCCCAUGGAGAGGACCCGAGAGUCCUACCAUGCCAAAGCACUGGGGGCCAAGAUUGGCAAGACUCUCCUUCUUAACUCCCAAGAUCCCAGCCGGACAACACAUCUCAUCGCAGCAAGAACUGGCACUGAGAAGGUUCGUCAGGCACAAGGCUGCAAGCACCUCCACGUCGUCAACCCCGACUGGCUGUGGAGCUGUCUGGAGCGCUGGGAGAGGGUUGAGGAGCAGCUGUACCCACUAAAGGAGGACUACACCAAGACCCCGAGGAGCAACAGUCCAGCAACAUUUCUCGACAACCUGGGCUCCCUGCAGAAGCCCCUUUUUCCCCCAGCUGCCAUCCAUCACAGAGCACCACCUCCAGCUCCUGAGGUUCGGACCUACGAUCCCGUCACGGGGAAGCUGAUCCGCAGGGGCCCUCAGGUGUCACGGCCACCACCCUACCUCCAGGCGUCAGGAUCUUUGAUGCUCUCUGAUCAGAGAGAGCAGUCUUGUCUCAGGGGAACCUCAAAGAGUCAGCCAGAUGACGCGGCAGGGUCCAGCCAAGACGACGAGCAGCCGGGACCGUCUCGUCGAAAACGACAGCCGAGCAUGUCCGAAACGAUGCCUCUGUACACACUUUGCAAAGAGGACCUAGAGAGCAUGGACAAAGAGGUGGACGACAUCUUAGGCGAGGAGAGCGACAACGAAAGUGAGGGCCGAGGGAAGGAGAAGCCAGGUAAUGAGGAAGUUGAGGAUGAAGAGGAAGAGCAGCAGCAGCAGCAACAGCAACACCAACAACAGCAGCAACACCAACAACAGCAGCAACACCAACAAAAACAGCAACAGCAACAGCAGCAGCAGCAGCCGCCACCAGGAGCUGGACAGAUAGCAAGAGGAGGGCCCGGUCCUCAGGUGCUUGGCAUGGAGGAGAGGAUCCAGACACCAUCCAGUGAGGCCACUCUGCCGGUUAGCGUGCCAAGGGGACACAAACGUAAGCACGAUGAAGCCAAGGAAGACGAGGAGGAGGACGAGGAUGACGAGAAGAAGGAGGUGGCGGAGGAAUCUGCUGACGAGUCUUCGAAAGACUCCAACGAGGAAGAAGGCGGCAGCAGCUCCGAGGCGGACGAGAUGGCUGCGGCCUUGGAGGCCGAGCUCAAUGACUUUAUGUGACAUUGAAAAUGAAGGGACUUUUCACAGGAAAAGGACAACAACAACAAAAAAAUCAGCCCUAGUUGCUCCUAGAAGUGGUACGAGAAAUCCUAUUUUUCUGCUUUGGAAUCUGUGUGUACUUAGGAUGUAUGAGCCAUGAGUGUGUGUGCUGUAAUAAAAAUGAAUGUCCUGUACAGAAAUGACUUGUUGCUGUGUAAAUAAAGGCUUAGAUUUUUUUGUAGCAUUGAUAUAUGGCCUUUUUGGCAUAAAAAAACUUUGAUGUUAACAUUUUAUUGUAAGAUAACAAACCAUAGGAGACAUGAAAUUUGAUACUUUUUGUUUUUGUUUUACUCUUUUCUAUUUCAAUUUUUAUAUUGAUGAGAAAAAGAUAAAUGAAAUUAUAAACCGUACAUUUUGCUGGUCGUACAUGCCAAAGAGUUUGGAAUAGGUUUGCCAAGGGGUGCAGCUAAAUAUUUUACUCUGGACUUCCAGUUUAACUUUUCUUUUUUUUUUUUUGGCCUCAACAGUUUUUUAGGGUCAUAAAUGCAACCAGCGGAUCUAGACAUGUGAAUGUGUUUUCUUGAACCAUUUCUUCCUCCUCGUGGUGUUUGUACUUUUCAUAACAUGACGGUAAAGUCAGCUUCUCAGCCUUUGUCAUAUAACCAGACACUUGGUCUUGGUGCAACCACCACUGUGAACUGAAUCCAACUGAACUCCUAGUUCACACGUGUGAAGAGCAGACACUUGCUAGGCCUCUGCUUAUGUACACUGGAGCUUAUAUCUUGUUGAAGCCCUGUUGCCUCAAAGGGAAAGUUCACCCAACUUUUAACGUUUAGUGUUAUCUAACUAGGCAGAUAGUUUUUUUUGGGCGGGGGGGUUCCCAAGGUUUUUGAGUUAUACGUCUCUGAGGUUUCAGCCUUUACCCCAGGACAAUGGUACUGGAACAAAGCAAUGGAUGGUGAUUUGUUUUCGAGAUAUAUCAUGUUGUUCUGUAUUGUUUUCCAUCUAUUAAGUAGAACAGAACAUGGGAUAUUGAAGCAGCAACCUACCUUUAACUACCUGGAAUUAGAGGCAACAUGUUUUUGAGUAAAUUAGGCACAUUUAUCUACGGCACUAGCGCCACGGGUUGUAGUCUGGGUGAAUACCACUUCAGACUUUUCUGGAUGAAACAAAGCCAAGACCAUGAACUUUCUCUAAUCUUAACCAAGUGCUGCCAGUGCCUAAACAUAACCAUAAAUUGAUACCCUUAAUAAUGCUGUAGUAUUUGUGAUCUUAAGAACUGAAAUUUGGGAUUUUUGAUUUGAUUCAAAAGAGACUUGAAUUUAAAAAUAUCAUCUUUUUUUAUUAUUAUGAGAAUGUCAGAAAUUCUAUUUGUGGCAGUAGAAAUCUCAGAGACAAUAAUAUGUGCAUGUUAGAUACCAGUAGAGGUAAGCAAGUUGGGUGAACAGACCUGUGUGAGGCAACAUGCUUAUACGAUAAAAAAAACAUCUGUAGUCAGCCCAAAUGAUUAUUAACAGUGAGCAAAGACAGCAGGACUCACCAGCAUCUCAUCUUUUUGGUGUUCUUUGUUUUCAACCAGCCUGGUUGGUAAAUAUGACCGUGCUGCGUGCACUUUACUAACAGCACACAUUACAGGAUUUCUGUGUAUUGAAGAUCAAACGCUUCCAUCUCACCAUCGUCUUUUCAAACCACCAUCACGCAGUGUUGCCUAGUGCGACUAAUGGAGCAUAUCCAGUAUGUUGCACCAAGGUUGCUUAUAUUCACUGGUAAUGUUUGUCGUCUGUGUAGACGAUGUAAACCAACAGACUGUUCACGCCUCACUCAACAAGAGUUCUACACAGCGACCUUCUGCAUUUUGGGUGUAGAAAUAAGUAACUGGAGAGCUGAUGUCGCCUUCACUUACCCAGACAAAAUAUCAAAAUGUUCCUUUUACGGUGACAGUCAUCCUGUUUUUUGUUUGUGUUGAUGGUGGUUUUAUCAUAACAUGUAAAGUAUUUGUAAAGUCUAUUUCCUACUUGACCCCGAGAGAAAAAGAUACUUUGAUCAAAUAAAGAUGUUUCUAAGUAACGCAA